AUGGAUCUCCCUUAUUACCACGGUCCCCUGACCAAAAGAGACUGUGAGAUUUUGCUGCUCAGGGAAGGUGUGGAUGGCAAUUAUCUGUUAAGGGACAGCGAGUCAGUGCCAGGAGCCCUGUGCCUCUGUGUCUCGUUUAAAAAUUUGGUUUACACCUAUCGAAUCUUCAAAGAGACACGUGGGUGCUAUGUGAUACAGACCGUAGAAGGCACUCGGAAUCAGAUCUUUCCAAACCUGAAGGAACUAAUCUCCAAAUACGAAAAACCAAAUCAAGGACUGGUGAUUCCUCUUUUAACCCCAGUAAAGAAAAUGAAUAUAUGCCCAACAUGGAGAAGAACAAAGAUCAAGUUGAAUGAUAACAUAAACAGUGAUUACGUGGAUGUCUUGCCUUAA